AUGAAUAUUAAUCAAACAAACCAAAGCAAAUUGGUUCAAGAUGACCAGUUGACUCUUGAAACUUACAAAGCUACUGGAUUCAAUGCCGCCAAGGAUGCCACUGAUAAGCUUAGCUAUACCUCUGCCAGAGUGAUGAAGCCGGUCUACAAUGCCUACUCCAAGAGUGAUUUCAUUGUCGCCGGUUGCUGUUCCAGUGCUAGCCAAUACGAUGACCGUUUGGAUGGAAACAAGGAUGUUUCACGUGCCGGUCGUGGAUAUGACUUUACUCUUGUCAAGCCAGAUGCAUAUGACAAGAUUACAGUUGCUGAAGUUGGUAUCUUGGGUGACACUGGAAAGAGAGCGGUCGAAAUCAUCGAAGCUGCCAACCAAUUUGGAGUCACUCUAAAAUGGUCACCAACUUUUACCGAUUCCUAUGGAAGUGUUCUCACCGGAAGAAACGUUGGUUUUAAAAAUAGUGUUGACGACGCUCGUAAUCACUAUGACCAAGCUUCUGCUCAAGGAGUUCUCGGUGGUUUGCGUCUCAUGAAGGAGAAGAAUCCAAACUUGAUACUCUCCAUUGUUGUUGGUGGUUGGUCGAUGUCCCAAGCAUUCCACUAUAUGGCAAUGGAUGCUAACAAUCGUGCUGCUUUUAUCGAUGGUAUCAUGGAUAUCUAUUCUCGUUUCGAAAUGUUGAAUCAUCUCGAUUUGUCAUGGGACUAUCCAUCUUCCCAAGGUGACAGAGCCAACACCUACGAUGACUGUGAUUCUGCCAACUUCAUCCUUUUGAUCUCAGAGCUAAGAAAGAAGUUUGAUUCCAAGAAACGUUCCGAUGUUGUUAUCAAUAUUAAACUUCCAUCGCGUGUCGACUAUUUGAAGAAGAUCGAUGUUCAAGGAUUGAUCAAAGCUGGUGUACACGGUUUAUACGUUGAAUCGUUCCACUUCUUUGGUUCAGGAUAUUCGGAAUCUCUCAUUCACCAAACAAACUUGAACAAGUAUAUGGGUUCCUCUUACUCCAUUGAGGAAGCGGUCGAACAUCUUUUGUCUUUGGACAUUCCAGCCAAGCAGAUAUUCAUUGGAUAUGCCGGAUUCGGUAGAGCUGCAGCCGGUGCAACCAUCGAAAAGGUCAGCCCAUUGUCUGGAUCCUACGACAAGAAUGCCAAUCCAAUUGGAAUGUUCGAGGUUGGUGUCAUUGAAUACGCUGAUAUGAUGUACAACUUCAUGGAUUUCGAGAAUCAAACCGGUAGAAAUGGUUACAUUCUCUACACUGAUACCGUUGCUGAUGCAGACUUUUUGUACAAUCCAACCACAAAGGUGUUCAUCUCGUUCGACACUCCAAGAUCCGUUAGAUCGAAAGCAGAGUAUGUCAAGACAAAUGGACUUGGUGGUCUCUUCACUCAUGCAAUUGACCAAGGUCGUGGACUUUUAGUGAAUGCCGCCAGAGAAGGAUUCGGAUGUCAAACCGAUUACAACAGAGUCAUUGAUAUGACUUCUUUAUAUUUACAGGGUAAAGACACUCUUUAA